AUGACCAACCUUUCCCUCCUCGACCCUAAAGUCCUCUCCUUCAUUCGGAGUCCCCGCGCCAUAGCGAUCCCCCUCGUCGGCGCCUUCGUUACCGCUUCUAUAUGGAGCAUCAAAGACUACCGUGCCUUCCUCGCUCUCGGACGAGGUGGCAUCCCUUAUAAUUUCUUCGGGUGGGCACUUCUCACCAUCUUCGUACGGCCCUUUGCGCUCCGCGAAGAAGAGGCCACGCGGAUGGACGAGUAUCCGCGUGAAGGUGCACACGCCUCGAUCGAGGCCUUGCAGCCAAGGAAGGGGGAGAGGGCUGUAUUGAAAGGCAUUGCGCCGCACCGUCAACUCACACAGAACGCGCCAGAGGCGAUGAAGAAGCUCUUACACGAAGUCUUUGACGAGAUGGUCAGCAAGCACCCCCUUCUUCUCAAGAAGAAGCGGUCCCUGUACGAGCGACACCACGACGCCAUCUUCCUGCGCCCGAGCCUGCUCCAAGACGCGAAUUCCUCGGGAAUCCCAGACGCGGCGCGGAUCUCGCGCGGAGAAAUCGGUCAUGUGCACGAGGAUGGCUCCAUGCACUUGUACUUUUCACCCGCGGACACCCGGCUCGUGGUGGAGCGGGGCUGGGCGGAACGGCACCGGCUGGCACGCACGCGGCCGUUGCUGGGACGGUGGAACUUGUUUGGCGUCACGAGCACGUAUGUGAUGGUUUACGGGCCGAGGGACGAGGAUGAGCUGGCGAUUGUGAGGGUGUUGUUGGAGAGUAGUGUGAGGUUUAUGAGUGGGAGGGAAGAGGAGCUGUAG